UUGGUCCAGCGAGUAGUAUCAACACGAAGACAUACAAACAAACACUGGAAGUGUUUAUAUCAACUAUAAUUCUUUACACGUUGAAUUGAAAAGCAAUUGCGUCAAGUCUACAAUAAGGUCUUCUUCACGUACUAUUUCAUUGAUGUAAAAUCGGACAUUCUAUUUAGCUAUAUAUGCUCGGAAGGUAGGAACCAUUAGCUCAGCGUUCCCUGAGCGUGCAUCGGAUAAUUUGAUGAAACACUUGGAUAAAAUGGUGGUUUGGAUAAGACUGAUUUUAUCUCUCGGGAUAAUAGUUACUGCGUAUGGACGAUCGUUUGAGGGACAAUUGAGCGGCGACGGUCCGGGGAGUGGCACCAUAUCAGAGCCACGUAGUAAAGGACACCGUCGUCCAGAUAAGCCAGUGGGGCAUAACGAUUUGGACGACGAUGAUGACCCAAUUGAUGCGGAUAAGUUGAUAACGCGUUUAUCCGAUGGCAGAAUUAAAUGGACGUUUAGUGUUCUUGGAGAAUUCCAUCCAGAUGUGACAAUCACGUGCGGAAAUACUAGCAUAAGUAGGGAUUUUAUCAUGUCUGAAUCGGAUUGGAAACACCUAGUGGCGAUAAUGAGGCAAGUGACAUCACAAAGAAAACUGAAAGACAUGGUAGUAGUGUGGAGAAACAUGGCAUUGGUGGAAUUCUACUCUCAACUAGAAAGUGGAUUUACAAAUCACGAGGUUCUUUUUGAUGUGGAAACUAAAGGACUCUUCCAAGGAGAUGUUAUCCUGUCAGUGAAGCAAUCACGCAAACUUCUAAAACAGGCAAAGAACAGUAGAAAAAAAGUUAAAAAACAGAAAAUUGAUUUUCGCAAUAGAAAAAAGAACCAUAGGGUUAAUACAAAACUUAAACAUAAAAGAGAUCAUAGGAGAGAUGUAAGUGAAAGAGAGAGUAGGGAAACAAAAGUGAGGCGAUCUAUAUCAAAGAUUGAGAGACAAUUAAAUGCAAAAUUAAAUAAAAAGAAAAUUGUUAAAACUAGAACGAAGAGAAAGAUGAGAACGACGGAAAAGUGGACACUUCCCAUCCCAUAUUUCAUUAGCAAAGAAAGAAACCAUUUUGAUGAUACUGAUAAAGACAGAAUCAAGCUAGGAAUAAGUCAUUGGGAGCAAAACACAUGUAUAAGGUUUACAGAGCAGACAAAAAAGCCAAACAAUUAUCCAUUUGUGCCUUAUGUUGAGUUUCAGCCAAGCACGGGUUGCUCAGCUUACGUCGGACGAGAUCCCUUUUCCCCAAGUGAGAUAUCCGUGCAUCGUAACUGCCUCAAACUUGGUACAAUUGCACAUGAAAUAGGACACAUACUCGGAUUUUGGCACGAGCACACCCGACCCGACAGGGACUCUUAUGUUAAGGUUGUAAUCGAUAAUAUAAUGGAUGAUUUGAUUAGCAAUUACAACAAGUGGGCGAUGGAUGAGUCGAGAAGCAGUGGAAUACCUUAUGAUAUUGCCUCCAUCAUGCACUAUGGUAAACAAUUCUUCAGUAAGUUCAAGAACCACAACACUCUAGAGUCAUUGGACCCAUUGAUGAUGGAUGCCAUGGGACAGCGGACACACUUAUCUUUUCUUGAUGUCAAACUGGCCAACUAUGAAUACUGUUUAGAUGCCUGCCCAGGGUACAAUUCUCUUGCUUGGAAUGACUGUCAAAAUGACGGAUACAGAGACCCGAAUUCAUGUACACGUUGUAAAUGUCCUGAUGGUUGGGAAGGGACCUUUUGCGAUCAGGUCAAAUCAAAAGAAGUUUGUGGAGAAAAUACAUUGUCAGCAACUAGUGAUCCACAAAGGUUCCACUCACCAGGUUUUCCAAUACCGGGGUAUCCAAAAGCAGCAUUAUGUACUUGGCUCAUACAGGCACCAGAGGGAAAAAAUGUCAUCACAAAAUUUGCAGGUGACAGGUUUGUCGUAGCAUUCGAGCAGACCUUUCCUACAACUUCAACACGAUCGGGAACUGGGGAUUACUAUUGUGAAGAUGACUGGGUUGAGGUCCGAUACCAGUCAUUGACAGAGACAGGCCCAAGGUUCUGUGGAUUUGUGGUAAACACCACAAUGGAGUUUGUAUCUAGGGGUAACAAACAGAUGAUUCUAUUCAGGUCCUUUCACACAGAUUCCUACAUGACUUACGCUGGUUUCCAAAUGGAAUAUUUCACCAGGGACAGAGUAAAUGGCGAAGCAACUAAGCAGGUGAAAGUGUCUGGGAUUAUGACUACAGAGUACAAACAUUAUGAAGGUUUGUACAAAAUAGAGGCUCGGCAAGUGAAUGGUAUGGCAGUCUUCAAACAUAUACUGGACGACUUAGCAUAUUUGUUCUUUGUGGAUUUGGGGAAAGAUUUCCAAGGUUGGGGACUGGGUGCCGAGGCAGGUGCAGAUUACGCUGACAUUUUUAUUGAGAGCACAUCUGAUUACCCUGACAAGGCGAAGGGAACGUGGAUAAGUUGGGUUCCUCCCGAAGAGGUAUUAGAGGAUCAACUCGUCGUUGAAGCAAGUGAAGAAUCUUGUGAAUACAUUCAUUUUACCAAUGUGAAUGGCGCCGACGAGAAUAAUUUGCAAGGUGUGUAUGAACUGGACCAUCAUCAAAGUGGAUUCCCAGUGUACAGGAAAGUUACAUCCGAUGAGGAUCUUUACUUGUAUCAUAUCAAUGGAGACUGGUUGAUUGGUGACACUAUUAACAGUGAAAGUGCUUACGCAGUAGCCGAGGGUGAUGAUACGGUUGAUCCUACUAAGAUAUCUAUCAUAUGGAAGAUCUUUGAGGGAGGAAGAAUGGUUCUACAUAAUACAGCUAAAAUAGAAUGCCACUUCGGUGAGAAUAUUCCUACUAAAUAA